AUCCAUCAUCGGCAUCGGCUGUCUCUUUCAAAUCAAAACCACAACGAGAGAGAGCGAGAGAGCCAGAGCAGAGCCCCCCCGCUGCCCCCUUCAUCCCUCUUCUUCGUCUUCCACCGCCAUCGCUGCUAAAACCCUAGACUUGGACGGCCAGGCCAGCGCACUCCUUGCUUUAGGGUUCUCCCCUUCCCAGGAAGAAAGAAGGAAAAAAAAGAAAAAAAGAAAAGGAAGGAACCCUAGCCUUUUUCUUCUCUGGGUCAGUCUCAUUUCAGUGUCGUUGCCAUGGAGUGGAAUCAAGAGACUCUCCAGUCCCUCUCCCAGUGCUUCCUCAAUACUCUCUCCCCCUCCCCCGUUCCUCGCCGCCAGGCCGAGGCUUUCCUCUCCUCCGCCUCCGAGCAGCCCAACUAUGGCCUCGCUGUCCUCCGCCUUGUCGCCGAGCCUACUGUCGACGAUCAGAUCCGCCAGGCGGCCGCCGUCAAUUUCAAGAAUCAUCUCCGCCUUUGGUGGGCUCCUUCCCCCGCCGACACCACUCGGAUUCUGGACCCCGAGAAGGACCAAAUAAAAUCCCUUAUCGUGCCCCUCAUGUUGUCCUCCUCUCCACGAAUCCAGAGCCAGCUCAGCGAAGCCCUGGCCGUCAUAAGCAAGCAUGACUUCCCCCAGUCAUGGCCCAACCUGCUGCCCGACCUCGUCUCCAAUCUCCAGAAGGCUUCCGCCUCGUCCGAUUAUACCUCUAUUAACGGUAUCCUCGGCACUGCUAACUCCAUUUUCAAGAAAUUCCGCUACCAGUACAAGACCAAUGAUCUGCUGCUCGAUCUCAAGUACUGCUUGGAUAAUUUUGCCAAACCCUUGUUGGACAUCUUCCUUAAAACUGCCCAGCUCAUCGAUGUUGCGGCUGGUCCUGGUGGAGCUGCCGAGGCAUUGCGCCCGCUCUUCGAGUCCCAGAGGUUGUGCUGUAGGCUUUUCUAUUCUUUGAAUUUCCAAGAGCUGCCCGAGUUUUUCGAGGAUCACAUGACUGAAUGGAUGACUGAAUUCCAGAAGUAUCUUACCUCUAGCUAUCCUGCUCUCGAGAGUAGUGGCCCUGAUGGGCUCACCCUCGUUGAUGAGCUCCGCUCGGCUGUAUGCGAGAAUAUUACUCUCUACAUGGAGAAGAAUGAGGAGGAGUUUCAGGGGUAUCUUAACAAGUUCGCCACUGCUGUCUGGAGCUUACUCGGGGAGGUGGCCCAAUCUCCUAGUCGUGAUAGGCUAGCAAUCACUGCCAUUAAAUUUUUGACAACCGUCAGCACGAGCGUGCACCACACCUUAUUUGCUGGUGACGGGGUGAUACAGCAGAUCUGUCAGACCAUUGUCAUCCCCAAUGUGCGUUUAAGGGAGGAGGAUGAGGAGCUCUUUGAGAUGAAUUAUGUGGAGUUUAUUAGGAGGGACAUGGAAGGGAGUGAUCUUGACACCAGAAGAAGAAUAGCAUGUGAGCUUUUCAAGGGCAUUGCGGCAAAUUAUAAGGCACAGGUCACUUCUAUUUUGUCUGCUCAGAUACAAAAUUUGCUGAGCUCUUUUGCCACGAAUCCAGAUGCAAACUGGAAGGAUAAGGAUUGUGCGAUAUAUUUGGUUGUUUCACUUGCAACCAAGAGGGCUGCUGGCGGUUCGGCGUCUGCCACAACCGAUCUCAUUGAUGUUGAGCGCUUUUUCAACACAGUCAUAGUCCCUGAGUUGCAGAGCCAGAGCAUCAAGGAGUUUCCGAUGCUUAAGGCUGGUGCACUUAAAUUCUUUACCAUGUUCCGAAAUCACAUCCCAAAGGGUGUUGCAUUGGGGCUCUUUCCUGAUCUUGUUCGGUUCCUCAGCUCAGAAUCUAAUGUUGUCCAUUCCUAUGCUGCAAGUUGCAUUGAGAAGCUUUUGCUUGUAAAGGAUGAGGGCGGAAGAGUGCGAUAUACCUCAGCAGAUAUCAGUUCAGUUCUUCUCCCGCUGAUGAACAACCUUUUUGCUGCCCUGAGAUUCCCAGAGUCUGAGGAAAACCAGUAUGUAAUGAAGUGCAUCAUGCGGGUCCUGGGGGUUGCUGACAUUUCACAGGGAGUUGCUGCACCUUCUAUUGCAGGGUUGACCUCUAUUCUCAACGAGGUUUGCAAAAACCCAAAAAAUCCUGUUUUCAAUCACUAUCUCUUUGAAUCUGUGGCAGUUCUCGUCAGGCGAGCAAGUGAGAGAGAUCCCUCUCUCAUAUCGACUUUUGAGGCAAGCCUCUUUCCCAGCCUCGAAAUGAUAUUGGCCAAUGAUGUCACCGAGUUCUUCUCAUAUGCAUUUCAGCUGUUGGCUCAACUAGUUGAGUUGAACAGACCACCAAUCCCUGCUAGCUACAUGCCAGUUUUUACGAUUCUCUUGUCUCCUGAUUUGUGGAAUAGAAGUUCCAAUGUCCCAGCACUUGUGCGUCUUCUCCAGGCCUUCCUUCAGAAGGCACCACAUGAGCUUAACAGAGAGGAGAGGCUAAGCCUGGUACUGGGCAUAUUCAGCAGGCUCGUUGCAUCCCCUAGCACAGAGGAACAGGGUUUCUAUGUGCUAAACACUGUCAUCGAGAGCCUCGAUUAUGGAGUCAUUGCAACCUACAUGGUUAACAUUUGGCAUGCUCUGUUUACACGUCUCCAUAAAAAGCGAACUGUCAAGUUUCUGAAGUCCCUGUUGAUAUUUAUGUCGCUCUUUCUGGUUAAGCAUGGGUCGGUACACCUUGUGGAUUCCAUGAAUGCUGUUCAAGCAGGCAUCUUCAUCAUGAUCUUGGAGCAGAUAUGGAUUCCGAGUCUGAAGCUGAUUACAGGAUCAAUUGAACUUAAGCUAACUGCUGUUGCUUCGACCAAACUUCUGUGUGAAUGUCCAGUCUUACUGGAUGCAACAGCUGCUCAGCGCUGGGGGAAGAUGCUGGACAGCAUAGUCAUCCUUCUCUCACGACCAGAAGAGGAUAGAGUGGAGGAGGAACCUGAAGUGCCUGACCUAGCAGAAAAUGUGGGCUAUACUGCGGCCUUUGUUAGUCUAUAUAAUGCAGGGAAGAAAGAAGAGGAUCCUUUAAAAGAAGUUAGGGAUCCAAAGGAAUUCUUAGUUGCUUCACUGGCUAGACUCUCUGCCCUCUCUCCUGGGAAAUAUCCCCAAAUUAUCGCUGAGACCCUUGAUGCAGCAAAUCAAAACGCACUGUUUCAGUUCUGCAACAGCUAUAAUUGCCCGCUUGUAUGAGAUGUUCUGCUUGAAGCGGGAGGGUUUUAUUGGGGUGCCAGGUCGGUCUUUCUAGCAUGCAAAUGAGAGCAGGUGGGAGGCGAGUCGAGGGACUUACAAGAGACGGAGAUGGGUGUUUUUCAUAGUCUUGAUUUUGUUCGCAUCAUGCGGUGAAUUCAGAUGAGCACCUGAGUUUUCAGGGGUGGCAGUCCCAAUGGGAGCAUGCUGCUAGGGUUUUUGGUCCUCGUGGGUACGAGUCUCUGUCCAUCCAUCUUUAUUAAAACUAGACCUUUUAUGGUCUAUAGAGUUUCAGAGCAACAUCGUGAUCAUAUUCGCUGUUUCUGCCCAUGUGAGUCGAGAGAAGUGUGAAUUUGAGAUGGUCAGUAAAUCCACAUCGAGUUUGUAAACUGAAUUUCUCAAUUCAUUGUCUGGUUGUCCGUCCGCUGAUCCCUUUUCAGUUGCACUUUUUGUUUUGUUUUUUGAAGUUUUUCUUAUUUGUGUUCAUGUCUUCUGGACGAUGAAUGGCAUCUCACUCUCAUACCAACAACAACUGGUUGGAUUUGCUGAAAUAUCUUUAUGAGAUUAUGUUUACUCGAA